AUGUUAGAAGAAGUCCUUGAUAAGUAUGACAUCAAGCAUAGGGAAGCAACUGCCUACCAUCCUCAGACCAACGGAUUAGCUGAAUUGCCAAAUAGGGAGAUAAAAGGGAUUUUGGCCAAAGUAGUCAAGCCACAUAGAAAGGAUUGGGCCUCUAAGUUAGAUGAUGCAUUAUGGGCCUACCGGACUGCUUACAAAACCCCUAUUGGUAUGUCUCCUUAUAAAUUGGUCUUUGGAAAAGCUUGUCAUUUACCUGUGGAAUUAGAGCACAAAGCCUAUUGGGCCAUUAAGGAACUCAACAUGAGUUUAGACGAGGCCGGAAGAAAAAGGACUUUGCAGCUUUGUGAACUGGAAGAACAUAGGAAUUUUUUCUAUGAAAAUGCUAAGCUUUACAAAGAAAAUACCAAGAAAUGGCAUGAUAAAAAGAUUCUUCCAAAAGAUUUCACAGAAGGCCAAAAAGUCCUAUUGUUCAAUUCAAGGUUAAAGUUAUUUCUGGGAAAACUGAAUUCCCGAUGGACCGGACCUUUUGUUGUUGCCAAGGUAUACCCUUACGGAGUUAUUGACCUGAUAGAUUCGGAGAGGGGUAAUACUUUCAAAGUAAACGGGCAACGAGUGAAACCUUUCUUUGACUCAAUGGUUCCUACCCAACCUAUUGAAGUUAUUUUUCUAAAAUAA